CUAACAGCCAUGGGUGUAACAGCAGAGUGCAGUGUCAAGGCACUUUGCAUGUUUAAGGCUAUUUACAACAAGGAUGAGCUUAUUACGCUUUUUUGUAUGUUGCUGCAGAAAUAGUAAAUCUGUGACAACUAUUUCUGUACAUGUACUAAACAGAUCUUAGGAGACCGUUCCUGCUACUUGUCUAAUUAAUUCAUUGUCUUGCUAUAGGAACAAAAGCUUUUAAACAAUCUUAACUUCUAAACUGUUCCAGGAGUUCAUUUGUAUUCAUAGUCCCUCACACACCACCUUUUGAGGACUACAUUUGAGAUGAAUCCUAAGCUGACAUUGUGGCUUGCUGGCAUUUAAACAGAGUUUCUGCUUUUAUAGAAGCAGAAAAUGAAUUGAAGGCUGACACUGUCAUUUAAGUCUCAGCUAUUUACAAAAAGCUAUACAUCAAGCAGAAAAGUAGCAUGCAGUCAGACAUCUAGGAAGUGUAUUCUACUAAUGUGUGCUGAAGAACUGUUUUGCAGUCUGAUGUCUUACUGUGUACAUGCUGUUUUGUAAAAUACUUUCAGCUAACAAUUUAGACUCUGUUCCUAAUUUUGCUAAUUGCAAAUUUCCCUUUUUAUUUUCUAUCCACAGCUCUUCAUGUCUUUCACUAAGAGGAGGCUUGUCAAGAUAAUUGCACUUAGCUGUUCUACCUUGGAGGAGCAUGUACAAAACUGAUCUUAAGAGAUUAGUAUUUGAAGUAACUACCAAAGAAAGAUAAAUCAAGAAACACAUUUUUAUGGAUAAUUUACAGAAGAAAUACAGACUUAAGUCCAGUAAGAGGUUAUUCUUACUGACUUAUCCAAUCCUCUCAGUAAAAAGGCACAGCUGCUGAAAGGAGUAAAAGAGGAUAAUUGGAGAAUAAAAUUGAAAAGAACACUUUUUCUUAAAGGAACAAACGACAUGUUAUAUAAACUUCUGAAAUACUUUAGUGACAUGUUUUAACUUCUCUCUAGUAAACUGGUAUUUCUGCAGUAUUCAGUGUUUGGUCAGCAUUCUAUUAGUAGACUCUGGCCUGUUUCUUCAGCUGUGAUUAUUUCUGUGUAUACAUAAUGAUUUUGCUGCUGUUUAACUAGGAAUAACUUGUAGGGAUCUAACAGCAUUCAAGAAAAUGUCAAGUCUACUCUAAAAUAAUAAGGCUAUUCAAAGUAUCUGUAGUAUUCCAGCUAAUUGUUCUAAUUGCGUAACUCAAGAGAAGCUACUGCCACUCCAGCAGUGUGAUAGUAUUCCUCUCCAGAUGCAGCUGAGGAAAACAUGAUUUAUACUAGGCUUAGGUGCCAAGUAAAUCUGCUGUUGAGUGUUGAUGCUGUAAAAGCUGCAUUUCUUCAACAAACCAUGUGUCAGUCAUUUCUAAAUGUGCUAAUAUGGUGUAUACGAGAGGAUACUCUUCACCUCAUGUGAGGUGUGCUAAGUAUAGAUCUGGCAGGAAAUACUAAUGUUAUAAUGAUUUUUUUAAAGUUGGCAAUCUUGAGUUGUAUCAGAAUCUUGUUACUGUACACAGUCAUUUGUAUAAAUCGACUUCUCUGCAUCAGAGGUGAAAUGACAUGCUCUUUGGAGAUUUUACAGUGACUUUUGUCUUUAUAAAUGAAUAUAAUUUUAAAACUAUAAAUAAAAUUAAAUGUAUGAAAUGUCAUUUUGCUGAAUUACUACUUACCUGUUCUUCAACAGCAAGAAAAUACUUGACCCAUUUAGCAGUUGUGUUUCAGGGCUUAUAUUGUAUCUCAUAGAGCGUGUACAUGUACUGAUUGUACUUGGGAACAAACAAGUGUUGUUUUUGUGUUGCUGUUCAGAACAUGAUGAAAAAUGCCUGCCCCCCAGACCCAAAUCAUUAAUCUUCAUCUCUGGGGAUCAGGUUUUUGGUAUAGAGGAACGCUUUUGUGUUUGUCCAGGUCACAGCUGUGCAAACAGGAAUCUUGGCAUGAGUAGCUUCAACAUUUAUUUAUACAAAAGGAAAAAAAAAAAUUAAAAUAUCUUUAAAACUUAGACUUUUGGAUUCUCCUGUGAAGAUGAACACUCAGCACAUCAUAGCAGAUAUCCAAGUUCCAGUCCUGGAUAGGGAAAUGAGGCAAGCUACCCCUUGGAAAUGUGCUCGCACUUUGAUGCUGAUGAAAUAAAACGACUAGGAAAGAGAUUUAAGAAGCUUGAUUUGGACAACUCUGGUUCGUUGAGCGUGGAAGAGUUCAUGUCUUUACCUGAAUUGCAACAGAACCCAUUAGUACAGCGAGUAAUAGAUAUAUUUGACACAGAUGGAAAUGGAGAAGUGGACUUCAAAGAAUUUAUAGAAGGAGUCUCCCAGUUCAGUGUCAAAGGAGAUAAGGAACAGAAGUUGAGGUUUGCUUUUCGCAUUUAUGAUAUGGACAAAGAUGGGUAUAUCUCAAAUGGAGAGCUCUUCCAGGUGCUGAAGAUGAUGGUUGGGAACAAUCUCAAAGACACUCAGUUACAGCAAAUUGUAGAUAAAACCAUAAUUAAUGCAGAUAAGGAUGGUGAUGGAAGAAUAUCCUUUGAAGAAUUCUGUGCUGUUGUAGGAGGCCUAGAUAUCCACAAAAAGAUGGUCGUAGAUGUGUGACUCUGUAGGGCACCACCCAACACUUUUGCUUUCUUCUCCAUCUCUGAAGAUCUGCUCAAGACGUCCAGCAAUGCUCUCUGUGUAUUUAAAUGGAAGUAUUUUCUCUGUGAAGCCACAUUUUCCAACAUGAGCCUCAUGAAGCCAACUAAGUGUUAUUGAACUUUUAUUCUCUCAAUAACUCAGUGUAGCACUUUAAAGUCUGAAGGACAGCAAAGAUGGAAAGAGCAUAUCAGUGUGGUGGAGAAAGGGAAGGGGUUGGCUUUUUAAUUUAUUUUUCUUCAUCUUUUAUAACAAGGAAAUAUCUAUAUAUAUAUAUGUGUGUGUGUAUUUAUAUAUAGAUAUAUAUGUAGCUUUCUAUAUGUAGUAGCUAGGUGGGCUUUAAUUUAAUAUACUUGAUUCAGAAACAAAACUAGAGUACAAAGUGCCAAGCAGAAUAUUAACAGUUCAAUAUAUGGAUAUACAUCCUUACUUUUAUUUCACACAGUUUUAUAUAUAUAGUAGAAGAAUGUAAAAUUUUAACUGGGUGUUAGGUCAACUCUUUUCCUUUUCCUGUGACUGUUCAGAUGUUUCUAUAUAUUGACUGGCUGACAAAGCAUUGCUUCUUAUUAAUUCACCUUAAUUACAUUUUUUGUAACACAGGAGACUAAGUUUAUUUAUACCUGUUAAUAUAUUACCAGGGACUGUGUCUCUUUGCUAAAUAACUUAGUACAGUUCUACUUAAUAUGAGAAUAUAGUUUAAUGCUACUGCCAAGAACUAGCCCUCAUGUGCAUAUAGUAACUGCAGAAUGCUUUGAUGGCCGCUAGAUUUCGUCACCUAGGAAUUGGGAGCAGUUACAGCUGUCCUGAAGCAAAGGCAGAUCUGCUGUUCUGGAUUCAUUUUAGAUACAGCUGCUCAAGGUGUUAGACACAUCCAUGAUUUUCUCUCGUGCUUAGCUUAAUGAAAUUAGGAUCGAUGUAACUGCAGGAUUCCCAUCUACUUAUUUUCUACAGUACUUAGAUUAGAAAAUGUUCUUGCCAUUUAAAUUCUGUUGUUUCAACCAUGAUAGUUUCCCCUCUGCAUUUAAAGAAUACUACAGGUAGCAUAAAUAACUGGUAAUAUUUUAUAUAUAUAUAUAUGUAUAUAGGAUUCAUACAGGGGGAAAAUCUUGUUAACCUAUGCCAUAGAGGAGGAAAACUUCACACUAUCUAAAUUUAUACCUCUUGCGGUUCUCCAGUCCUUUGCCUGGAGAAUUAUUUUCUUUUCUAGAUUUGUCCAUAUCAUGAUUUGUAACGGAUGGUAACUUGAUAUAUUUGUGUGAUAUAAAAGUAGUGAGCCAUGUUUUACAACUUUAUAUCAUCCCUUCCCUUUUCUGCAGUGGUACUAUUGGCUGGAAGAAAAACAUUUGCUAGAUUUUUUUAGGACAGUUCAUCUUUCCUGUAUAGUAGUUUUUCUAUUAAAAGAAAAAAAAAUUGUUUUAUAAUCAGCAGUGGGAAGUGCAGGUUGUCUGAACCUACUUCAAUCGAGCACCUGUCUGCCAUAGCUGUUCCUUCAACUGAGUGCUGCACAUCAUGGGCUCUGUCUGUGAGAGAGAAAUCCAGGUGCUUGGUGUCCUUGCAUGACAUGAAGUUUUGCAUGUAGAUCGAUUUGAAAUGUUCCUCUUGUUUACAUAAUUUGCAUAAUUUAAAAGAUAAAUGUUGCCAAACUUUGGUAAAUGUUAAUGUUCAAAACGAAAAUCUCCACUACAUGUAACUUUUCUUCCUCUGGAUCAGUACGUGGUUUAUAAUCCCAGCCAGUGGUUGUAUCUGUUCCAGUGUCAACUGCCAUGUGCUCUGCUUCAAGGGGGAACUAGUCUUUUGUGAAUUUUUUGUACAUAAGUAUUUGUUACAAACAUUUAGCAAAUGCUUUUGAUUUCUCUUACUUGCUUGUGCAUAUCUUGGCUGGCAUUAUAGAAAUUAGUGCUAAUGUUAUUUCCUUAAGGGGGGGUUGGAAGGGGAGGGAUGAGGUUGGUUGGUUGGUGUUUUUUUUUCCUUUUUGUUUCUUUUUCUCUUUUUUCUUUUUUUUUUUUCUUUUUUUUUUAGUUUGUGUGGGGAAAACUGAUUUAUGUUGAAUGUUUAGUUUUUCCUCUGCAUGCUACAUCAUAUGUUGUGGGAACUAUAAGAACCUUCAUACUACAUGAAUACAAAAUAAAAUAUUUGAACCUUG